AUGGAAACUGCUACUUUAAAAGACUUAAUAAUCAAAUAAAUGGUUGAUUUAUAAAAUACAGUUUAUAGUGGUACUUUAAUUUACUUAGAUUAGUAAUUCCAAGAUUACCCUCAAUUAAGAGUUCCAAUUAUUAGGAGGGAUUAUCAAUUGGAAGAAUAUUGCUAUAAGCUAAUGAAUAAAUCUAGAUUAUGGUAUAAAAACUUUUGGAAAAUUCUAAUUAAAUGCUUACAAGAAGCAAAUUUAAAGGCUCAAGCAUAAAUAAUAAUUUAGAGUUAAACCCUCCAAAAUAAGUGUAAUAUGAAGUUCAUUAGAAUAAAGAGAAAAAACUACCUAUAAGGAUAACUCCAGAACCAAAUAUUAAUAAACCAUGUUGCUUAUGUUUUGAAGGAAAUGAAAACACUUGUGGAAAAAUUAUUGUAGUACCAAAUUCCAUCAGAAAGUUGCAGGCACAUUCUUAGUGCUAUAAAAAUAUUAAUAAUCCAGGAUAAGUAGAAUUUGACAAAGUUUAUCUAUUAUAUAGAACUUAAGUAAAUUUUAAGAAUUAAUAUAUAGGACUGCUUUAUUUGUAAAAAAUAAGGAGCAUCAUUUAUUUGUGAAAAAUGUAAUAAAAAAUAUCAUUUCCCGUGUUUCGUUGAUUCUAAUUAAGAAGGUAUACUAGAAUGCAAUUGCAAAAAUAACUGA